GCAGCACCAUGAUAGAUUGAUCAGCUGUUGUGCUGUUGAGACGCAGUCCUUCGAUCGUCGAAGACAAAGACCAGACCAAGAUUAGACCGUAAGGCUCUCUCUCCAUGUCUACACUGACUCCCUCGAGUCCCAGUAGUCUCACAGCACCGGUUCUGGUCCAGUUCCAGCUGGGUCUGUUCAGGGAGGUGGUUCGAGUCCCUGCGGGCAACCUGAGCUACCGUCAUGCCCGGAGGUUGGCUGCUGAGGUCAUAGAGCGCAAGGCUCCAGACUGCAGUGUGGUGGGUGUCGGGGAGAAGAUUCUGCUGUUCAGACAUCAAGCCGCCUCCGAGCAGUUGCUGCAGCGGCUGACCGACUCCGACGAGCUGCAGGAUGGCGACCUCAUUGAGGUCAUCGUUUCAGGAUCAGCCUCCGUGACACAGGUGACGAUGCGUCCACACUCCUUGGCGGUGCAGUCGUACCGGACCCCCACUUUCUGUCACCACUGUGGAGAGAUGCUGUGGGGCCUCGUUCGGCAGGGUUUAAAAUGUGACGGUUGUGGAUUAGACUUUCAUAAACGCUGUGCUUUGCAGUUGCCCAGUAACUGUAGCCGAGCACGGCGUCAGGUUAGCACCAGCUUUUCCCUGUUUCCACCCCGGCGACCUCGCACACACUCGCUGUCCAAUCAGGCAGGCGGGAGUCUAGAAGAGAUCAGCAAGUCCAAGCCCGCGUCCAGGCCUCCAUCCUGGGCCGAGGCUCCGGUGUGGCUGGGAGUCGGGUACAGCGACUGGAGCAGGGCUCAGGUCCCUCACACCUUCCACAUCCACAGCUACACCAAACCCACCGUCUGCCAGUACUGCCACCGGCUGCUCAAAGGCCUCUUCAGGCAGGGGCUGCAGUGCUCAGACUGCAGGUUUAACUGCCAUCGGCGCUGUGAGCCUUUAGUCCCCAGAGACUGUCCCGGAGAGAGGAACGGCAUGAACAGGGAAGAGAGCCCAGCAGCUGAUAACAGCUGCCAACCAGACUUGGAGGACAAUGAGUCAGUGAUCACCAGCACCACAGAGAUCUGCGACGAUGACAUGUUCACCGAUGAUGACUCACAGGCAGAGACCGGGGAAGUCGAGCAGCUGCGAGAGCCGAUGAGUCCUUGUUUCAGCAGCAACAUCCCCCUGAUGAGGCUCGUCCAGUCGGUGCAUCACACUAAGAGGAGAGGCGGAGGAGUCCUGAGAGAGGGGUGGCUGGUCCACCACACCAACACAGACACAUUGAGGAAACGCCAUUACUGGAUCUUGGACUGGAAGAGCAUGACUCUGUACCAGAAUGAAAACACCACGAAGUUCUACAAGGAGAUCUCUCUGUCCGAGGUGCUCGGGGUCCGAGGCCCCACCCAGCUCUCCGUGCCACCAUCAGACGGCAGCACUCACUCGUUCGAGCUGGUGACUGUGUCGCUGGUGUACUGCGUGAUAGCCGGCGAGGAGGGGGCAGCCUGGGAGAGCGCCAUCCGGCAGGCUAUGAUGCCGGUGGAGAGCAGCAGAGGACACAAAGAUGAGAUCCAGGAUCAAUACCGAUACAGACGCAAUGCGGUAAGAUUUGAGCGAGUUUAUCGUGCACACGUUAGAGGAGUGUUACAGAGUGUCGAAGUGUGUUUGUGUGUGUUUCAGGACAUCAGCUCGGUGUAUCAGAUCUGUACAGACGAGGUGCUGGGGUCGGGACAGUUUGGCGUGGUGUACGGAGGAACUCACAGGAAGUCGGGUCGAACAGUUGCCAUCAAGGUCAUCGACAAGACGCGUUUCCCCACCAAACAGGAGACGCAGCUGAGAAACGAAGUGGCCAUCUUACAGAAUCUGUCGCACCCCGGCGUGGUUCUGUUGGAGGGCAUGUUCGAAACUGUCGAGCACGUGUUUGUUGUAAUGGAGAAGCUGCACGGAGACAUGCUGGAGAUGAUUCUGUCCAGCGAGAAAGGUCGACUCCCUGAACGCAUCACUCGCUUCCUCGUCAUGCAGAUUCUGGAGGCUCUGCGGUACCUGCACUUGAAGCACAUCGCUCACUGUGACCUGAAACCUGAGAACGUACUGCUGGCCACUUCAGACCCCUUACCUCUGGUGAAGCUGUGCGACUUCGGCUUCGCCCGGAUCAUAGGGGAGAAGUCUUUCCGGCGCUCCGUCGUGGGGACUCCGGCCUACCUGGCACCCGAGGUGAUCAGCAGCAACGGCUACAACCGCUCUCUGGACAUGUGGUCUGUCGGCGUCAUCAUGUACGUCAGCCUGAGCGGCACGUUUCCCUUUAAUGAAGAUGAGGACAUCCGGCAGCAGAUCACCAACGCCACCUUCAUGUACCCGCGCCAAACCUGGGCCCCCAUCUCACUGGAGGCUGUGAGCCUCAUCAAUAACCUGCUGCAGGUGUCGGUGAGACGGCGGUUCACCGUGGGCAAAGCGCUGGGACACAGCUGGCUGCAGAACUUCCAGCUGUGGUGCGACCUCCGGGAGUUCGAGCUCAGGAUGGGCUGCAGGUACCUGACGCAUCGAGGCGACGAGGACCGAUGGCGCUUCUACGCUGCAGAGAUGGGGCUGGACUUCCCCUCCCGCCUCUGCUGUAACCCCAACAAAGAAUUGGACAUGUGACCUCGAGCACAGAGGUUAAGGGUCGGACACUUUAUC